UGCAACUAGUCACCAGAGUUUGUAAUAUGUAAGUGGAUCGUCGUCAACAAAACCAUCAUGGCUCCGGACGUGUCAAAGGGCAGCAAAGGAGAGAACAAUGAUGUUGACCACACUUUGCUGCAGAAAAAGAGCGAAACACACUUGCAGAUCAAAGCGUUUAAACGAAGAUGGAUCAUCCUUAUUAUAUUCUUCAUAUACGCAGCAAUAAAUUCAUUUCAGUGGAUAGAAUACUCAAGCAUGACCCAUCUAGUAGUAAAAUAUUAUAAGGUCAGCACGUUGGCUGUGGACUGGACCUCAAUAGUGUAUAUGGCUUUGUACCCAUUUUUCGUGAUACCUGCAUCCUAUAUCAUAGACAAAAAGGGUCUUCGAACAGCAGGAUUGAUCGGAUGUAUUGGUACAGCCAUAGGAACAGGAAUAAAAGUGUUUUCAGUGAGAAGUGAUCUAUUUCUUGUGGUUCUUGUAGGUCAAGCUAUAGUAUCAAUGUCUCAAGUUACAAUAAUUUGUUUACCACCAAAAAUUGCUGCAAUAUGGUUUAAACCAAAUGAGGUAUCCACAGCUUGUUCCCUUGGUGUGAUCGGUACUCAGCUAGGCUGUGCUAUAGGAUAUAUUUUGCCUCCGUCUAUUGUAAAAGAUUCUGAUAAUUUGGAGGAUAUUGGAGCAGGAUUAUAUUUGCUGUGCUGGAUUCUAGCAGGGUCUAUGAUACCUGUGACCAUUGCUGUAUUAUUCUAUUUUCCUGCUGAACCUCCACUACCACCAAGCAAUGCGCAAGCCAAUCUACGACAAAAUAAAGAAGAAUUCAGUACAAAGGCGUUUUUCCUUUCUAUAAAGAAAUUGUUUCAAAAUAAACCAUUUGUCAUACAUAUGGUAGCCUACGGGAUUAACAUAGCUGUUUUUUCUGCAGUUGGUACGCUUUUGUCUCAGUUUGUUCUACAGUACUUCGAGGGUGCCAGUGAAGACGCUGGAAGGAUGGGUUUUAUAAUGGUAAUUGCUGGAGCGCUAGGCUCGAUUGUGUUUGGAAUACUGCUGGAUAAGACUCACAAAUAUAAGGAGAUCACUUUCCUCAAUUACCUUGGAUCUGCAAUUAGCGUUUUCAUGCUUAUGUAUGCCCUUGAAUGGAAAUCCAUGUUGCUCACAUACUUAUCUUGUGCCAUUGUAGGUGUCUUCACCAAUGCCUACAUGCCAGUUGGUUUCGAGUUUGCCAUGGAAUUAACUUUUCCAUCGGAAGAGAGCACCACAACUGGAAUACUCAUGGCUAUGACUCAGGUACUGGGUGCUCUAUUCGCAAUUGGUGUAGGUUAUUUGAAUUUGUGGAUCGGCUGCUACUGGUCUCUGUUCAGUCAAGGAGUUCUUCUGUUCCUAGGAACGGUGAUUACAGGAUACGUUCCCAAUAAACUGCUGCGGCAAGAAGCUUUCAAGCAGAAUUUGAUUGAAAGAAAAGUUUCGCACCUUGGAUCUCGGUUGGUUUUCAUUGAGUAAUUGUUAAAUACAUAUUUUUAUGACUUUUUA